GRUAUAAAAACUCUACUAUAUAGCAUUUUUUAUAUACCUCGACGCAUUUAAAAGUCGUGUAAUAUGUGUUAUCACUUAUAAAAUAAACCGUGUAUGUAAUUCAAAAAGUCCGUUUUGUCGGCAGCAGCUGCAGCAGAGCUGCCCGGCGGUCGUCGUGUUCGCGCGCGUUCAGUAUCAGUAAUCUGGUCAGUUUAGGUUUUAUCUUUUUGCCGCGCAUUGGUAAUAACCGUUURUUUUCCGUUUGGCGCCGUAUCCGACAACUGCCGCCGUACAUUACCCAAUACCUGUUUAGUGCCUUGUGAGUUGUGACCACUGACCAGUCACUYAGCUACCUUGUCGCGCACUCAUACGGCAUACAUUGACACUCACGGCAUCCCGCCAAAAUYGUUUUUUGUUUCCGUUUCGAUUGUUCGCCGAGCCCUUUGUAUUCACUUAUUCGUUAUAGUUUUAUUUUCUGUGUUUUGUCAGUUUCUGGUUGUCGUUUUCACCGCCGAUUCCGCAAAUGGCCAGUAUUCCAGCAUCAAUGUCUCAUAUGAUUUCGUGACGAAUAACGACGACGAUCAACUGUGUUUCGUGAGGACAGCCAGAACAGGGAAUUACCACUGCUGUCAACGAGAAACUGAUUAAGUGUCUGCCAGUAGUCAACCCACUGUGAUCAUGUAUGUGCAAGUAAGAAUGAUGGAUACUGGCAUGUCGGUCACAAUACCCACGUCCAGGACAACGGUGCUCAAAGAGUUCAAGAAACUCGUAGAGGAAAAAUUCAACAUCAAGCCAGAAAACCAAAGAUUGUUUUUUGCUGGCAAGCAAUUGGAAGAUCAAUAUAGGCUAUUUGAUUAUAGUAUAAAUGUAAAUGAUGUAAUUCAACUGAUGGUUAGGACAGCUGUUGCUGAAAUAAACUCUCCAAAAAAAUCAAAAGUAACAAUUAAUUCAAAAAAAGAAACACCUACUCCAAGUUGUUCUACCACCAGUUCAACAUCGGAUGAAGAUAAUUCUGAGGAGAGCAAAUAUUUUAAAGUUGGCGAUUAUGUUGAUAUAAAAGAUUAUACUUAUGGAUCAUGGUUCAUUAGUAAAUUGAUUAAGAUAAAAAAAGACAAUGGUGUAGUAAAUAAACCUAAUGAUCCUAAAAGUCCAGUGGAAAACGAUGGACUAAUUUAUGUUGCAGAGAUUUUGGGAUGUCCYGAAGAACCUCCUAUUGAAGUUCAAUUGCAAGAAAUACGGCCACAUGCAUUUGAUAUUUUGCCUUUUGAAAAAUUAAAAAAAAAUGAUAGAGUUCUCAUGAAUUACAAUGUAGAUUACCCUCAAGAACGUGGUUAUUGGUAUGACGUACUUGUGAAAGAGAUAAAAACUAAUAGAAGAGGCCGUGAUGUUAUUGGAGAUGUAUCUGUUGGGUUAGAUAAUGCGGUGUUAAAAAAUUGUCAUUUGAUGUUUCUCGAUGAUAUCUAUAAAGUAAAACCCUAUCAGUUACUUUCAGAACGGACACCAGAAGAUAAUAAAAUAAUGCAAACUGAACCUACUGUCAUGAGAGCGGCUGCUUUGUAUUGUAUCAAAUGCAAAGACAACUUGAACAAAUCAUGUAAGGAAUGUGGGUGUCGUGUUUGUGGUGGCAAAGAAAAUGAAGACAAACAGUUAAUGUGUGAUGAAUGUAACCAUCCUUACCAUAUGGAAUGCCUUAAGCCACCCUUAAAAGAGAUGCCACCUGACGAUUGGUAUUGUCCAUCAUGUAAAAAUGAUGAAAACGAAAUUGUCAAAGCAGGUGAAAAAUUAAAAGCUUCAAAGAAAAAGACGCCAGAAUCUAUGUCGACAUCAAAAAGAGACUGGGGUAAGGGUAUGGCAUGUGUUGGGAGAACAAAAAAGUGUAAUAUUGUUCCAUCAAAYCAUUUUGGUCCCAUUCCUGGCGUCGAGGUUGGAACCACAUGGUUAUUCCGUGUACAAGUAUCUGAAGCUGGCAUUCACCGUCCACCUGUUGGAGGAAUUCACGGUAGAGACAAUCAGGGUGCAUUUAGCAUUGUGUUAAGUGGUGGUUAUGAAGAUGAUGUUGACAAUGGUGAUGAGUUCUUGUAUACUGGUUCUGGCGGACGUGAUUUGUCAGGGAACAAACGUACUGCUCUUCAAAGUUGUGACCAAGAAUUGACSCGCUAUAAUAGAGCUUUGGCACUCAAUUGUAAUGCAAAAAUUGAUAGUGAAAAGGGAGCUACAGCUGCAGAUUGGAAAAAGGGCAAACCAGUUAGAGUUGUACGAAAUUAUAAACUUGGUAAACAUUCCAAAUAUGCACCAGAGCUGGGAAAUCGGUAUGAUGGUCUUUAUAAGGUAAUAAAAUAUUAUCCUGAAACUGGAAUAUCAGGAUUCACUGUGUGGCGUUUUGUUCUAAAACGUGAUGAUCCCACACCAGCUCCCUGGACUGCACAAGGCAAAAAGCGUAUAGCACAAUUAGGUCUUAAAAUAAUUUAUCCUGAAAACUAUAUACCUUCUGUUACUGACACAAAAUCAAAAUUACUUGGAUCUAAAAAAAAAAGAACACUACAGGACGCYGACAUUGAGGACAACGAGCAGUGUAAUGAUUCCAAGAGCAAUUCUUCUGAGAGAGAAAUCACUAAUUGYCCAGGAAAGAAAUCAAAAAUUCGGUAUGAACUUGAAAAAGAAGCAGAAGCACUCAUUAAAGCUGACAUUGCCAAUAAAAAAUAUUGGGAUGAUUGUAAAGAGUUAUUAGAAAAAGGAAAAAAAGCAUUUUUGGAUAGAGUUGAAGAAAUGUUUUCUUGCAUAUGUUGUCAAGAAAUUGUGUAUGAACCAAUUACAACUGAAUGUUCUCACAACAUUUGUAAAGGUUGUCUUAAAAGAUCAUUUAUUGCUCAUGUUUUCCAAUGUCCGUCAUGUAGAGCAGAAUUGGGGAAGAAUUAUCCCAUGAAUAUAAAUGUGAAAUUGGCUAAAACUCUGCUAUAUUUAUUCCCGGGAUAUAAUUCUGAUCGUUAA